GAUAGCCGGGUAUAAAAGCCCCUGCGCUAGAUGCAUUCCAAGUAGAACUUUUUUGGAAGCGCUGCAUCAAAUUCAACAAAUUUUCAAAAUGAAAUUAUUCAUCGUAUUCUUAGCACUGGUCGUGGCUGUUCUGGCCGUACCCCAGCGUGGUGGUCAACAGGGAUUCGGCCAAGGUGAUCGCGGUCAACACGGCUUCGGCCAAGGCGGUCACGGUCAACAGGGAUUCGGCCAAGGUGAUCGCGGUCAACACGGCUUCGGCCAAGGCGGUCACGGUCAACAAGGAUUUGGACCAGGUGAUCGCGGUAAACAAGGAUUCGGCCAAGGCGGUCGCGAUCAACAAGGAUUCGGCCAAGGUGGUCGCGGUCAACAAGGAUUCGGCCAAGGUGGUCGCGGUCAACAAGGAUUCGGACCAGGUGAUCGCGGUCAUCAAGGACUCGGCCAAGGCGGUCGCGGUCAACAAGGCGGACAACAUGGACGCCCUGGCUAUUAAUAUUAACAAAGUCAAUAAACCUUAUUGACUAAAAUUUACCAACAUCGAAA